GAAAAGUCAAGCCAUCAAAACCUCAAAUAAAAAGAACUGAUUUGGAGUCAUGAACCAAUGUACACCUGCUUUCUUGGAAAUGGCAAGCCAUAGAAGAAAACUGAACAGACGAUGGUCUGCAAGUCUUUUGCUUUCUUCUAUCUUUUUCUUCUUGUGUUCCUCUCCUGUAUAUUGCUAUGCUGGAGACACUCUUAAGCAUGGCCAGCUUAUUGUUUUGAACAAAACUCUUGUCUCUGCCGGGGAAAAGUUUGAACUGAGAUUCUUUACCACUAGCAGCAUUAGCGCCACAGGCCCCCAAAGUUUCGUUGGAAUAUUCUAUCAUCAAUGGGAUCGAAAUUCAGCUGUAUGGGUUGCCAACCGGGACGACCCAUUGCCUUGGAAUUUCACUGGUUCUUUUGGAAUUGCAGACGAUGGAAACCUUAAGCUAUUGGACACCGCCGGGACAGAGUAUUUUUCUACGGGUCUUAAUAUUUCCUCCCCUACAAAUCGAACUCAUGUGAAGCUGAUGGAUUCUGGAAACCUGGUAUUAAGAGAUGAUGAUCACAUGGAGCAGAGUUUGUGGGAGAGCUUCGAAAAUCCAACCGAUACUUUUCUUCCAGGAAUGAAGAUGGAUGAAAACCUGGCAUUAACUUCAUGGAAAGGCAAAGAUGACCCUCGAAGUGGGCUAUACACGUUUACGCAAGAUCAACAAGGAGAAGGCCACUAUGUUGUCACAAAAAAACAAUUGGGAUUUUACUGGAAAAGUCAGAUGUCAGGUACGUUCUCGAGCUCGGAUGAAAUAAUUCGUUAUGACAUAGCCGACCUGUUAUCCAAUAAAUCCGAAUUUCAGAAAAAACCAAAUAUGCAGCUGCCGACUAAUCGAAGUUUAGAUUUCACAAGGCUGGUAAUGAAUAGCAGUGGGCAGUUAGAGUAUCUGACCUGGAAUGAGUUGGAACGCAAUUGGUCUAUACUAUGGUCGAAACCGGAAGACGAAUGUGGCAUUUAUAACUAUUGUGGGAAAUUCGGGAGCUGCAAUAUUAACAAUUGGCCUUUAUUAUGCAAAUGUUUGCCGGGGUUCAAGCCUACUAUCCCUGUUGAUUAUUGGGAGAAAAGAUAUUUUUCUGGUGGCUGCACCAGAAAUUCGGCAUCAACUGAUUUCAAUAUAUUUUUUAGCUUAAAGAUGAAGAAAGUGAGCGACACAGGUUUACAUUUCAAGGUAGCAGAUGAAACAGAAUGUCAAAAGGAGUAUUGCCUUAAAAAUAGGCAGUGCGUCGCUUAUUCAUAUCAGGAAGCUGGAAACAGCAUGCAAAGACGUGAUUCUACUGGUAGUGACAACAUUUGCUGGAUUUGGACCGAGGAUAUACAUAAUCUUCAAGAGGAGUAUCCGAACCAGGGUCAUAACCUCUCUGUGCGCGUAGCAAAAGCUGACAUAGAAUCAACUUCAAGGACUUGUAAGCCUUGUGGCACAUAUACGAUCCCCUAUCCCUUGAGCACGGGACAAGAUUGUGGUGACCCCAUGUACUUCAGUUUCGAUUGCAACAACUCAUUAGGCCAAGUUAGCUUCAAGGCACCCAGUGGCGCCCAUCGUGUUGUAAGCAUUGAUCCAAGUGGAAGAAACUUUGUCAUCCAAGUCAUUCAAGAAAAUCCUUACAGUAGAAAAUCAAGCAUAAUUCUGUGGCUCAAUAAGUCAUUGCCAUUUACUUUGAUCGACACUUUGAAUACUGAGGUAGGCAACUCCACUGAUCAAUUUGACGGCAGCUUGGAGGCUUCUAGAUCACAAAUGAAAAAUAAAGUCGGCCUACGGAUUAGUUGGGAGCCACCAAUGGAGCCAACCUGUAAUUCAUCCACGGACUGUAAGGAUUGGCCAAAUUCAACUUGCAAUGCAACAAGAGAAGGAAAGCUGAGGUGUCUUUGCCAUCCAAACUUCCUGUGGGAUGGCUCAAAUUUGAAUUGUACUAAAGUAGGUAAUUUUCCUAAGUCUUUAGAAGAGCCUUCGAAAGAGCCUUCAAAAGAUCAGCCUUCAACGAGAAAGAUUCGAUUGACCUUGAUUGUUGCGUUACUUCUUGCAUGUGUGACUGCUGUCGCUUGUAUCAUUAUUUACAUGUGGAUAAGAAAGAGGGUCAAGAGACAAGAAGUUAUAAGAAGUGAUAGAAGAGAUCGAGCACUUCGCCCAUUAGACAGUGAAAGGCAUGUCAUAGACUUGAUAGACUCAAUUGAGCCCAUGGAAGAAGAUGGAGAAGGCAUUGAAGUACCUUUUUUCGAUCUAGGAAGCAUACUAGCCGCUACAAAUAACUUCUCAGAUACAAACAAGCUCGGACAAGGAGGCUACGGACCUGUUUACAUGGUAAUCGUAGAAGCAAAAAUUGGAGGUCAAGAAAUUGCUGUAAAGAGGCUCUUAAGUGUAUCAGGACAAGGCUUACAGGAAUUUAAAAAUGAGGUGGUGUUGAUUUCAAAACUCCAACACAGGAAUCUUGUUAGACUUCGAGGAUAUUGCAUAAAGGGAGAUGAAAAGAUUUUACUCUAUGAGUACAUGCCCAACAAAAGUUUGGACUUAUUUAUAUUUGAUCAAAAUCUGAGCAUGCUUUUGGACUGGAAGAUUCGCUUCAACAUUAUCUUGGGAAUAGCUAGAGGACUUCUAUAUCUUCACCAAGACUCCAGAUUGAGGAUCAUCCACAGAGAUCUGAAAACUAGCAACAUUCUUUUAGACAAGGAGAUGAACCCCAAAAUAUCUGACUUUGGCUUGGCAAGGAUUGUCGCAGGAAAAGAUACUGGGGAUAACACAACCCGAGUAGCUGGAACUUAUGGCUAUAUGGCUCCGGAGUAUGCAUUAGAUGGACUUUUCUCGGUCAAAUCCGAUGUUUAUAGUUUUGGUGUAAUUCUUCUUGAGAUUAUUAGUGGAAAAAAGAACACAGGAUUUUAUCGGUCAGAAGAAGCCAUGAGUCUUAUAGCUUAUGCAUGGAGAUUGUGGGUAGAAAACAAGAUGUUGGAUUUAAUGGACCAGAAUUUGCAUGAGAGUUGUGAUGUUGAUCAGUUGGUGAAAUGCGUUAAUAUUGCAUUUUUAUGCGUACAAGAAGACCCAAGUGACCGCCCCACCAUCUCAAAUAUUGUUACCAUGCUUGACAGUGAGACUGCAAUAGUUCCAACUCCGAAACAACCAGCUUUCAUUCUAACAAGAGGCAUUUUUAGCACAGUAAGUUCUUCUAGUCGACUAGAGACACAUACAGAAUUGACCAUUUGUCGAUCGGAGACAAAUACAGAAUGAUGUGGUGAUUGUGUUGUGCUUAUUGUGAUAAAUUUGUUUGAUAGUAUAGUUGGAAGAAUUGUCUAGCACUCUUUUGUUCUGCUGUUUCUAUGCAACUUACUAUGGUUUUAGCUGUAUUCUUGCUGGAAAUUUAGAACUGUCAAGCUUGGAGCAGCUCAGUUUGCAUAGCGCUGUGCCGAUUAGUAUGAAAUUGUGUUGCUUGAAGCAGCUUUGGUUUGAUAGUAUUGUUCUGACUGUCACGGAAUUCCAUGCUGAUGGAAAAAUCGGGAAUGUCACCAUGACAGCUAUAUUGAUGUUCAAGCAGUUGCCUUACUAUUGGUUUGAUUAUUGAUUACUACUGGAAUUUGGUUUGAUGGUAUUAUUCAAGCAGUUGGACUUUAAAUUGAUUGGUGUUAUAUAUUCUAGUCUGGUCUAUGACGUGUUUUAGGAGGUACUGAAGAUGCUUAGUAUAUUAUUGAAGAACCUUUUUGUUUGUAUUUUGGGAAUGCCCCUAUGCUAUUGUGAGAAUUUUCAGUCAAUAUAUUAGGGAUAUUCCGCUUU